ACAGCCCAUUUAAGGUUAAGUGCCAUGGGGCAGCUGACUUCUCUUAGGACCUACAGAAGCCCAUGUCUUAACUCAACACUAGUUAAGCUAUUCGAUGUUUCAAGUAAAUCAAAAUAGUUUUAACUUUAAUUUGUUAUUCAUUCUCACAUUUCAUUCAGUAUUUCCUAUGUAUUUUAAAUUAAAAUACUGCAUUGGUUGUCUUUUAAAUAAUAAUAAAAAGAGAGAUUAACAUUUGGUGAAUAUCAUCCAGUCACUGAUGGAUAUUGGUAGAUUUGUGAAUGACACAAAAGUUGAACGGGAUGAUCUUGAGGAAAGGCUCAACUUCUUGAGUGGCUUUGUUGCUGCUUUUAGAUAUCAAAUGCACCCUGACAUUCUUCUCAAGCCCAGCAAUGAUGGGCCUCCAAUACCAGCUCACAAAGCCUUAUUGGCAGUGAGAUCAGAAGUGUUGAAGAACAUGUUUGAGUCAGAGAGUCGGUUCAAGGCUCCAGCAACAGAGAUUGAAACAGUGUGGGAGAUGAAACAUGAUGAGUUGGAAACUCUGCUGGAGUUCUUGUACAAUGGUGUUGUAUCAGAAGACAAGAUGAAGAGACACGUGUACGCAUUGUCAUUGGCUGCAGAUAAGUACUACAUCCCCUACUUGAGGAAGAUCUGCGAGCGCCACUUGGAUCUUUAUUUGUGUUUAACCAACGCUUUAGACAUUCUUGAAAUUGCUGAGGUUUGUUCUUACCCCAAAUUGAAAGACAAAGCCUUGGCAUUCAUUGUUGAAAACUCCUCACACUUCGUACAUGCUACUGGUUUUUAUGACUGGGCUCUUAAGAAUCCACAUUUGCAUGUGCUAAUUACCAUGGCUAUGGUCCCAAAAACUAAAACCAAAACAUUUCCUUUUUAGAGACUAAAUUACAUAAGAAAGAGUUAUAUUAUUUUUCCUUUUAUUAUAAUAGAAAUUUGCAUUUAUAUAAUAUGUAUG